AUGUCACGCAGCAGCAGCAGCAGCAGUGACCAUGAUACGAGCAACCCCGUCGAUCGCAUCAACCACGCGAUCGAGCGUCUGGACUGGACGAGUCUUGGUGCCGUCCUUGAGGUGCCUGGGAACCCGGGGUAUCGCCUUUGCCCCGCGACCGAGGCCGAUUUCGAGACGUACGUGGCGGCAUCCGAGUUCCAGGAGCUCCGUUCGCGCUACUUGAUUUUGAACGACGGCUUCCUUUUCAUCGUCGAAAUGCCAUCAGGGCUCCACGUCUUGCUCGCUGGCGCCGUGGCCGACCUCAUGACGCUUGCUACCGGCUACAUCAUGUAG